CAUUCCAAUGUAAGCCGUUUUUAAGUUAUUUAGAAAACACCACAGGGGGGGCGGAAAAUACUCCCCCCCCCCCUCCAGCGGGAUACGGUUAAGCAUCACAAAAGUCAUGUUCAUAAAAUGAAACCUUAAGAAAUCUUUGAAGAAAUAAAUGGUAAGGUUGAACAAAUGUGAUUUAGAAGUGGGAUCCCAAGGUAUUUUGGUGUGAAGAAUGGAUGAGCUCUAUUUUGAAAGGGCGCUUUUAUUCUCAAUCAGAGUAGAAAAUUUCUUAACAUAUAUAUUUGUUAUUAAUUUAUAUUUUCAGGCAAAAUGGAGCUUCCUUUUGAAGAAUUAGAAAAUGAUUUGCUAAUGAUUCAGAGAUUUAAAUUAAACAAAUACAUUCAGGAUAUUAAACCUGUAUCACAAGGAAACCAAGUGCUUAAGAAGAUAAUGAUUGAUCUUCUUGAACUUCAGUUUACCAUGGAGGAUAACCUGCUUCUUAUCAAAGAAUUAAAAUGCUUUCAUAAAGAAAAGGAUAAACAGAAAACAAUUCUGAACACUGCGCGGCAACAAAUCACAUCUAUAGGUUCAGUUAAUCAGCUGGGUACCACGUGGAUACAAGUUAGCGACAAUAUUGAAUCAACCCCUGCAGCAGUAAAUAUAGAUGAUGAAAGAAAACCUGAGCAAGAUAUUGGAAUGAAUGUAGUGGAAAAUUUUAUUGCAGUUGAGGAAAUAAAAUACCCUCUAGAAGGAGAUAGCAUUUCUCUUAUUAAAGAAGAAGGAAUCCCAUUUGGAGGGGGAAAUCUUCUACCCUGUGAAGAUGCAUUUUCCGUUGGAGAUGAAACUCUCAUGGCAAGGGGGGGAGAAUUUCCUCUUCCUGGUGAAAGACCUCCUCUUUCUCUGAUGGAAGAACACGCCUGUAUCAGCAAUAUGAAGGAAGAAGACAAUUUAAAAGAUGUUGAACGCCUUGGAGAUGGAUAUCAAUGUGAAUUAUGUAACUAUAAAGGAGCUUCUCUAUGCAAGUUAAAGCUUCAUAACUCUAGAACACAUGAGACAGAAGAAGAAGUCGAUGAAAACUGUCUGACUCCUGGUACUACUGGUUUAGAUGAUGAAAGAAAACCUGAGCAAGAUAUUGGAAUGAAUGUAGUGGAAAAUUUUAUUGCAGUUGAGGAAAUAAAAUACCCUCUAGAAGGAGAUAGCAUUUCUCUUAUUAAAGAAGAAGGAAUCCCAUUUGGAGGGGGAAAUCUUCUACCCUGUGAAGAUGCAUUUUCCGUUGGAGAUGAAACUCUCAUGGCAAGGGGGGGAGAAUUUCCUCUUCCUGGUGAAAGACCUCCUCUUUCUCUGAUGGAAGAACACGCCUGUAUCAGCAAUAUGAAGGAAGAAGACAAUUUAAAAGAUGUUGAACGCCUUGGAGGUGAAUAUCAAUGUGAAUUAUGUAACUAUAAAGGAGCUUCUCUAUGCAAGUUAAAGCUUCAUAACUCGAGAACACAUGAGAUAGAAGAAGAAG